AUGUUCUUGUUCACAGAUCACACCAUCCAGUCUGUUUUCUGCUGCUGCUGCACAGUGCAAGAAAGAGAAAUGAGAACAGAAGUGAACCUGGACCCUGACGCUGUCUUGGUGACCCAGUACUCUGCCUCACAACCAGAUGUUUCCUAUGAAUCUAUUUGGAAGUGCAGGCAGAAGAGACAAUUGCAGUUCAAGAACAAGCCAUUACCUCCUCUGCCUGCUGAAACCUUUGAAGACUACGCCAAGAAACCCAGAGUUAUUGCACUCUGUGACUUCUUUGCUAGAGGGCCUUUAGAUCUACCUCUCAAGAAGUCAGAAGAAUACAUUAUCCUUGAACAGCAUGAUCCCCUCUGGUGGAAGGCAAGAGACCAACAUGGGAAUGAAGGUCUAAUUCCCAUCAACUAUGUUACUGAGAACAAGAAAAGCAGUUUAGAAACAUACAAGUGGUACUGCAGAAACAUAAACAGAAGCCAGGCAGAACUUCUUUUGCACCAGAAGCCCAAAGAAGGUGCAUUUGUUGUCAGAGAUUCAAGCCAACAGGGUCUUUUUACGCUGUCCAUGUAUUCACGGGCUAAAGGAAGUAAUAAUGGAGAUAUUCUACAUUAUCAAAUUAAACAAAAUCACUUGGGACAGUAUUAUGUAGCAGAAAACCAUCUCUUUUCAUCUGUUCCUGAACUCAUCGAGUAUCAUCAACACAAUGCUGCAGGUCUUAUCACACGUCUCCGACAUCCAGUUGGAUCAGAUGGAUAUGCUUCACCAGAAACUGCAGGUCUGAGUUAUGAGGAAUGGAGACUAAACCCAUCUGAACUGUUGUUCCUGAAAGAACUUGGGCGUGGGCAGUUUGGAGUUGUUUAUGUUGGUCAGUGGAAGGAGACUGUCAAGGUUGCCAUCAAAACAAUCAAUGAAGGUGCAAUGUCUGAAGAUGAUUUCAUGGAGGAGGCCAAAGUGAUGAUGAAGCUCUCCCACCCAAAGCUGGUCCAGCUUUAUGGAGUGUGCACACAUCACAAACCUCUCUACCUUGUGACUGAAUUUAUGGAAAAUAGUUGCCUGCUCAAUUACCUGAGGCAAAGGCGGGGGAAACUUGGUAGAGAUGUUCUCCUGAGAAUGUGCCAGGAUGUUUGUGAAGGGAUGGAAUAUCUGGAAAUAAAUAGCUUCAUUCACCGUGAUUUAGCUGCAAGAAACUGUUUAGUCAAUGCAGAGCACAUCGUUAAAGUAUCUGACUUUGGCAUGGCAAGGUAUGUCAUUGAUGAUGAAUAUAUCAGCUCUUCAGGUGCCAAGUUUCCAGUCAAAUGGUCAUCUCCUGAAGUCCUUCAUUUCAAAAAAUAUAGCAGCAAAUCAGAUGUCUGGUCAUUUGGUGUACUGAUGUGGGAAGUUUUCACAGAAGGCAAAAUGCCUUUUGAAACCAAGUCAAAUUCUGAAGUUGUCCGUGAGAUUUCUCAGGGUAACCGACUUUAUCGACCACAUUUGGCAUCGCAUCCUGUGUACAAAGUCAUGUACAGCUGCUGGCAUGAGAAACCUGAAGGACGUCCUACCUUUGCAGAGUUGACAGCGACCCUCACAGAUCUAACAGAGAUGACAUAA